UGACCAUCAAGUCCCCAGCGUUUGCAGAUAACAGAAGGGAGAGCCAGCAUGCAUCUUAGUUCAGUAAUGGCGAUGAGGGCCACCAGCUGCGGCGGUAACGUCCACCGCGGCGCAUUUCUAUUCGCUGCACCACCGCCUAUCAGCACCCACCGCCAAAAUAAAAAAGGUGCCUUUUUUGCCCCUAAAAACCUCUCUUUGUUUCCCUCCUUAAAUUGGGAGAAGAGGCGGAGUAGGAUAAUCGGAUGCUGUCCUCGAGUACAUCGAGUUGAAGGAGAAGCUAUUGAAGAGCUGGAGGAAUUCUUGGUUGUUAGCUUUUAUAAGUUCGUGCUUAUCAAAGACCCAGAAGCCGAGGUCUCAAAACAUCAAGCUUUUCUUGAGGAGCGUGAUAUACAUGGUCGCAUAUAUGUGAAUGAGCAGGGGAUUAAUGCUCAGUACAGUGGUCCAAGAAAAGAUGCUCUGGCCUAUGCCAAGUGGCUUAAAGAUGAUCAUAAGUUUACUGAUAUCUUGGUCCAGACUUCACCAUCUUUAAAUGGACAUGCUUUUCCACGUCUGAAACUGCGGUAUAAACCUUCACUUGUACAGUUUGAGGGAGGUACGUUACACCUUCCUUUGUUGGAUCCUUCAAUGCGAGCCACCCCACUGCCUCCGUCAGAAUGGAGAAAAAGAUUGGAAGUUGCAAAUGAAGAUGACAUGCAAUCAGAGAAGGAGAAUUUUGUUCACAAUAGGAAGUUUCUGCUUCUUGACGUUAGAAAUGGCUAUGAAUGGGAUAUUGGUCAUUUUAAAGGAGCUCAUCGACCUAAUGUGGACUGCUUUAGAGGUACCUCAUUUGGGUUCUCUGCUCAGGAGAAUCAGGUUAGUGAUUCAGAUCCUUUAGCUGGAAUUGAUAAGGAGAAUACAGAUAUUCUGAUGUACUGUACAGGUGGCAUUCGCUGUGAUGUAUAUUCUACAAUUCUAAGGCAAAGGGGCUUUCAAAACUUAUACACCUUAAGUGGGGGUGUUUCUAAUUAUCUCCAGAGUGAAGGUUCAGAUAAAUGGAUUGGAAAUUUAUUUGUAUUUGACUCUCGUCUUUCCUUACCACCAUCUACCUAUAAGUCUGAGGAAAAUGAAGAAAAAGGACUUGAAAUUGGAUAUCAAAAUGAGCAAAUACUGGAAAUGGUGUACCAUAAUAGUACUUUUGCGAGAUGUUACAUAUGCAGUUCACGGCUUGUGGAGUUCAGGCACAGGAACUGUGCAAACCUUGAUUGCAACCGCCUUUUCUUGUGCUGCACAAAUUGUGUACAGGAAUUAAGAGGAUGUUGCUGUUCAGAUUGCACAAAUUCAUCUAGACUUAGGCCUGUUCUACAAGGGAGCCAGAGAUAUCAAAAGUGGCAUGUAUACCGUGACGAGGUGUUUAGGCAGUAACUAAACCUUCUUAGUUCUUGUUACAAUGCCGACGCUAGAAGAGUACUGGCUUGUUUUUUUAUCGGAUAUGAACGAUUAUUAAUCUUCAAACCUGAGUGAGAGAUCGAGGCAUUGAGGCAUCAAGAACCAAGUUUCCCUGUGAGCUUGAUCUACGAUGCGUACUCUUUUAAGCAAGGCAUUCUUUGUAGCAAUUUAAGCUCAUGUAAGAAGAGGUAAAAUAGUUCACGAGCCUUGCAUUUGCUGUGCAGUGUUCUCAAUAGUUUAAUUUCUUCUGUUGGUAACAACUAAGUGUGGUUCCCUUCUUGCAAGAAGAAUGUGCAGAUGACAACUGAUGUUUAUGUACAACUCUAGUGAGUUCAUUUCCUUCAUCUCAUUCAUUCAUUAUUGACCCA